AUGUUUCUGCCUAAAGACGAAAUGCUAAUUUUACAUUUUACUGUUCAUGAUGUAUAUGACACAAACGACAAUAAAAUAACACUUGAAGAAAAACCAUAUAUAAAAUUUUAUUGGAAAAAUAUAAAAUAUAAAAAUUACUUAAAAUUUUUUUCAAAAGAAAUAAAUUGGUUUUGCGAAUUCUUUUUGCCCUAUAGCUUAGGAGAUUGUAUAGAAAAUUUGGUAGUUCAAAUAUGGGCUAGUAGUUAUAUAAAAACCAAAAGAAAAAUAGCUUACAAUUACAUUAAUAUAAAUAAUGUAGAAAAAAAAAGUAAAAUUAAUGGAAAGACAGAAUUAAUAGGUAGAAGAAAAGGAUUAAAAAUAAUUUACAGUCUUCAAAUAAUGUGUUAUUCAUUAUAUAAAUUCAUGAAAAGUACACAAAUGCUAAUAUUAGAUAAAAUAUCUAUUUAUAAAAUGAUGCAAAUACAUAAGAAAAAUGAAAAAAGUAAUUACUGGCUAGAAAAAAAUAACCUUUUUGAUAAAUAUCUUAUAUCAUUAUUCGAGAAGAAAAAUUAUGAAAAAGCAAAUACGGCUUUACGAUUAAAAACAAUAAAAACACAAAAAAUUAAAACAAAAAUUAAAUCGAACUUGAAAUUAAAAUGGAAAUCAAAACUAAAAAGAAAAAAUAAGACAAAAUCAAAAGUAAGUAUAAAAAAAUCACAAUUAAAUUUAAAAAACAUAUCAAGCAUAACAAAAAAAAACGCAAAAAAAACAUCAAAAAAAAAAAUAAAAAUAAAUGUAAAACCAAAAGAUGUUGAUUCAAAUAGUAAACAUAAAAAGUAUUUUUUAAAUAUAGGCUAUAAAAUACAUAAAUUAGCACCCAAAAAAACUAUUAAAUUUUUCAAUUUUAAAUUUACUUUACCGGAUAAUGAAAAUGAUAUUUUAAAAACUACCACAAAUUGUACAAGUAAGAAUUUAGCAUAUCCUAAUUUUAACAAAGCUAGGUGUAUUUAUUAUUUGCUUAAAAAAAUAAAAAAGGAAAAAUUAUGA